GCCGCCAGAAGAAGGGCUCAGCUCAACUCUUCAGCUGCCGGUGAAGUCAGCGCUGGACUUGAAGCAAGAGAGGCUCACUGGCACUGUGACCAAGUACCUGCCAGUGAGCGGGUAUGGAAUGGUGAAGAGCCACAUGUUUGAAGGCGAGCUCUCGUUUCGAAUAGAUCGCAUCAUGCCUGAAUUUCAGGCUCAUCCUCUGCACGAAAAUGAGGGAGUCGAGUUUGAUGUUCAAGCUGAUGAAAACGGCAAAGUGGUUGCCGUGGCGGUGAAGCCCGUCCUUGGGCGAAAGCCGUACGAUGUGUUGGGCCAAAGGCAUCGAGGCUACGUCAGACGUUUUGCUGAACGCUGGGGGUUCCUCAAUGCAGCUGCCUUUGAUGGCGACCUCUUCGUUCAUCGGGACAACUUGCUGCUUGAGCCUGGAUCAGAAAUGGGGGCCGACGGCCAGCCCAUUCUUCGAACGGGCCAAGUGGUGGAGUUUGACGUCGCCCUCGACGAUCGCGGGCGUGCAGUGGCAAAGCAAAUCACCACUCGUGCGCUGCUUCGUCCGGGAGACUGGAUAGGGCACAGGUUGCGAGGGUAUAUCAGAUCCUUCCAGGGAGCUUGGGGUUUCAUCAACUCAGAUCGCUUCGCCGGCGAUCUAUUCGUGCACCGAGACUCCUUGUUGGCUCAGUGCCAGAAUGCCCAGCUGGCCAUUGGAACUGUGGUUGAGUUUGACAUCGAGCGCGAUCACCACCGGAAGGGCGCGAAGAACCGGCUAGUCGCAAGGAAUGUCGCGGUCCUGGGGCCUGGUGAGGCUCCCCCGCUGGCUUCAGUGCCGCCACCGGUGACACAGAUGCCGCUGGAUCCGGCGGCUGCGCCUUAUGGAGUUCCACCUCCGGCCCAGCAGCCUGCUCCGAUGUACUAUCAGGCACCUCCGCCAGUUCCUGUACCUGAUCCAAAUGCAAUGUACGGCUACCCGCCCUAUCCUUACCCUCCUCAGCCUUUGCAACAGCCGUAUCCCUAUCCGGCGCCGCCCUACCAGCCUGUCCCCUAUGCCCAGCCCUACGCUCCUUAUGGAGUGCCCGGAGUGCCAUAUGGACAGCCGCACGCGCAAGUGCCCUACCAGCCUCCCCUUGUGGGACAGCCUCCCUAUGCACCGUAUGGGGUCCAGCCGCCGGCCCCCUACGGGCCAGUGCCGCAGGCUGUUCCUGGCGCACCUCAGCCCAUGGCCUACAUGCCACCAGCAGCUGAGGCAGCAACGCAAGCGGCCGCAUCUGCUGGAACAGCAGAAGGAGCAUCCCCUGCUGCGAAUGGUGCUCCGCCGGCCCAGGAGAACCAAUCUCAGGGGUUGUUGCACAUCACCAUCCACGACUGGGAGCCGGACCAGCCGGGGCAGCUGUUCGUGACCAAGGGAACGCUGGUGAACAUCUCCUACCGAGCCGCACAUGGCUGGGUUUACGCAGGAACCGUGCAGCCUGACAAGGAAAUGGGAGAACCAGCCUCUGAGGGUUGGAUACCCCAGGCCGUUGUCAAGCGGGUCAGCUUGUGCCGCGUGGCGGUGGAUUGGCCUGCGGAGGGGCAGGCAACCCUCGGCGUGACCAAGGGUGAGAUCAUAGCAGUCUCGAAAGAGGCGGAACGAGGCUGGGUCUACGGAGAGCGGCUCGGCCCACGCCAGCCAGACAAGCUCUCGGAUGGCUGGUUGCCCAAGAAGGCGGCAGAGAGAUUCAGUGGAUCCGAUAUUGCGAAGGGCGAUCGGCAAGCGAAAUCGAUGGGGAAGAAGGCAGCUGGAUCAGCAGAGGACGAUGAGAGGAAGUUGCGAAUUGCAAUUGUCAACACUGACCGAUGCAAACCCAAGAAGUGCAAGCAAGAAUGCAAGAAGUACUGCCCAGUCGUUCGGACUGGAAAGCUUUGCGUUGAGGUGAGCAAAGACUCUAAGAUCAGCUGGAUCUCAGAGUCGCUCUGUAUCGGUUGCGGUAUUUGCGUGAAGAAGUGCCCCUUUGAGGCAAUUACAAUCAUCAAUUUGCCGAAGGACCUGUCCAGCCACACCACGCAUCGCUACGGUGCGAACACCUUCAAGCUGCACCGCUUGCCAACGCCACGCCCAGGACAAGUGCUAGGUCUUGUGGGCACCAACGGCAUCGGCAAGUCCACAGCAUUGAUGGUUCUGGCAGGCAAGUUGAAGCCCAAUCUGGGGCGAUUUGACAAUCCGCCAGAUUGGCAGGAAAUCAUCCAACACUUUAGAGGGAGCGAGCUGCAAGCGUACAUCAAAGGCAUGCUUGAAGACAGACUAAAGGCGAUGAUCAAGCCUCAGUAUGUCGACAAGUUGCCCAAGCAAAUUGCUGGCACAGUGGACGCUAUUCUCAGUCAGAAAGAUGCCAAGAAGCAGAAGGACAGGUUCUGCACUGACCUGGAACUGAAUCACUUGCAGGACCGCGAGAUCAAAAAUCUCUCCGGUGGGGAGCUCCAGCGCUUUGCCAUUGCAGUUCUUUGCGUUCAAGAUGCGCAAGUUUACAUGUUCGACGAGCCUUCCUCCUAUCUUGACGUGAAGCAGCGCAUUGCCGCGGCGCAGACCAUCCGAAGCUUGCAAACGGUGGACAACUACAUUGUUGUCGUUGAGCACGAUCUUGCUGUUUUGGACUACCUCUCAGACUUCAUUUGUUGCUUGUGGGGCUCUGCUGGCGCAUAUGGCGUUGUGACCAUGCCUUUCAGCGUUCGAGAAGGCAUCAACAUUUUCCUAGAUGGCUUCAUCCCAACUGAGAAUCUUAGAUUUCGAGAGGUGUCCUUGUCCUUCAAGGUGAGUGAAGACUUGGACCCAUCCAAACUAGACAGGAUGAACACCACCGAUUACCCGAACAUGUCCAAGCUGAUGGGCGAGUUCAGACUGGACAUCACCGCGGGGAACUUCGCGUCCUCGGAGAUCUUGGUGCUUUUGGGUCAGAACGGCUGUGGCAAGACCACAUUCAUUCGGAUGCUGGCGGGCCUGUUGAAGCCGGAUGACGUGAAGGAAGGCGACGAAGUGCCAGAGCUGAAUGUUUCUUACAAGCCACAGACCAUCAGCGCCAAGUUUGAAGGGACGGUCAAGGAUCUUUUCUUGAUGAAGAUUCGAGACGCGUUUCUGCAUCCGCAGUUCCAAUCUGACGUCACCAAGCCCAUGCUCAUUGAUCAGAUUGCGGAUCACGAGGUCCAGACAUUGAGUGGUGGAGAGCUUCAGAGAGUUGCCCUGGUGUUGUCUUUGGGAAAGCCAGCGGACAUUUAUCUGAUCGAUGAACCAUCUGCAUACUUGGAUGUUGAGCAGCGUGUUGUUGCAGCUCGAGUGAUGAAGAGAUUCAUCUUGCACGCGAAGAAGACAGCCUUCAUUGUGGAGCACGACUUCAUCAUGGCCACGUACCUUGCGGAUCGUGUCAUUGUCUACGAUGGUAGGCCUGGCAUUCACUGCACGGCAUCUGCCCCCAUGUCCCUGCUGGAGGGCAUGAACAAGUUCUUGGCCCAGCUGGAGAUCACUUUCCGCCGCGACCCCACCAAUUACAGACCGCGCAUCAAUAAAGCUGAGUCCGUCAAGGAUCGCGAGCAAAAGCACGCUGGAAGCUACUUUGUGCUGGAGGAAUAG